ACCAGAAGACUUUCCCUUUCCACCAGGCAUUGUCGAUAUGAUCGCGUAAAAAAAAAGUCGUAAGAUAAAAGUAUCAAAAAUUUGGGGAUGAAUCAAUACGGGUUCGAACGCGGUAGCCGAUCGGUCGAAAUGUCGAUUGAUGUUGUUGAUGUGAAAAACGCGGGAUCGAGAGUUCGUAGUGGCAGAAAUUUAGCGGGCUGCGGUGCGGUGCUGAUGUUGUUUCUUCAGGCAGGCUCUGGCGAAGGGCGAGCUUGCGUGAGGUGCGGUGCGGGAUUGGAUGGUACAGAGGUACAUGCCUCAGGUAGCUUCUGUUGCUGGAAGCUUAAUUGCUCAUUGACUUGCCGAUGCAGAAGCGCUUGUCAUUGGCUGCGUGACCCGAGGUAAACCCGGCCAUCAAGCUGGGCCAGCAAAGGCUGUGUGAGAAGAGGUCCUUGGUUAGGGAUCACCAAAACAUGGUUUUUGGUGCUGUAAAGUCCUCAAGAAGGGUAAAUAUGGAUUAAGAAAAGGUGGUAUGGUCAAGAAAGACUUCUUU